UCCCACUACCCCCCCUCCCACCUUCCCCACCCGCUCGCCUCACCCAAAUCCGGCCUUCGAUCGAGAGCUCGAGCACCUCGCCUCCCAGCCAUGGCAAACCGCUUUGCCGGCCUCGACCCCACCUGGGCCCACCUCCCCACGCCGGCCCCGACCCACGCCGCCGCCAGCCACUACUGCUCCUUCACCGCCGCCGCCUUCGAGAACGAGGCGCUCACCUCCGCGCUCCGCGCUUCCAUGGCGCCCGCCCACGCCUACACCGCCGCCGCCUCGCCCUUCUCCUCCCCGGCCACCCCGUCCUCCUCUACGACCUCCUCUGCCUCCGAGCUCCUCUCCGGAGGCCACGACGCGCCGGCGCCGUCGUCCGGGCGCGCUGGCCCCCCGCCGACCCGGGCCCUGAAGGGACCUAAGGCCGGCCGCGUCAGCAAGCGCAAGCCGCGGACGUCGCGGCGCCCGCAGACCACCUACAUCACCGCCGACCCGGCCAACUUCCGCCGCAUGGUGCAGGAGAUCACCGGCCUCCCCGCCUCCGCCCCCGCUGCCCCGGAGGCAGCCGCGGCCGCCGCGCCCAGCUGGACGCCGGCGCCCUCGUUCGUUCUCCCGACGCUGGACACGUCCGCGUUCCUCCUCCUCGACCGCGCAGCGCCGGCGCUGGAGGACAGGAGCUCGAGCCGCGGGUACGUGCCGGCCGCCACGGCAGCAGGGAACGACGACUCGUCGGCACUGCUGGAGAUGGAGGCGAUGAUCGACUUCCCGACCCUGGAGAGCUGGGGAAUCAUCUAACGGCGCGACGAGCUGGCGCGCAGAGGGAUUAAGGAGAUGGAAGGAAAGCUGGCUUCUUUUGCUGCAGUGGUAGACUGGCAGUCGAUCAUUUCGCUCUUGUCCGUCCAGCUUGGUAGCAACCUGUUAUGGUAGUUUUUGGUCCGUCUGAUGCGAGGAUCAGACGGCUGUCAGCCGAUGCCUCGAUGAUGCUACUAGCAGUAGCAACCAUGGAGUUUUUGCAUGCCCUGUAAAGCAAGUAGUGUUAGGCGAGUAGCGCUGUGGUUUAGCUUCUGCAAAUGGUCGCCAUGGUUCCUUCUCGUUGCUUGUUCAGUAGAUUGUGCUAAUCAUUCUCGUA